AUGUGUUGGGAGAAUAAUAAUGAACAACAACCGGAAGCUUUUGAUAAUGAUUUUUCAACUUCAUGUGGUAAAAUAGCCAAGCAACGAAGUUUUUUAAUAAAUCCAAUAUUAAAUUCUUCUUUAACUACAAAUCCUCAAUUAAUUCCAGCAAAAAUUCUUUCAAUAAAAAAUAAAAAAUUUAUAACAAAAAUUGUUGCUAAUUUACCUAAAUUAGACAAAAAAUUUCAACAUUUAAAGAGAGUUUGGAAUAGUCAAAUUUUAAUUUCUGUUAAUAAAGAUGAGGGAGAAGAUGAAGAAAAAUCACUUUUGACUACUAUUAAACAAAUAUUAGAAGAAGAAGACGAAGAAAUUAGAAUAUCUCAACAAUUUGUUCCAAGAAAUGCUCCACUAACCCAAACUCAAUGUGAACUCGCAAAAAAAUAUUGGCCAGUCUCUUUUCAUAAAAAUUCAAUUUUGGAAGCAAAAUUAAAUGAACAAUAUUUUUCGACAAAAGAAAUAGAAAUUUAUAGCAAUUUAUAUUUUAAAGUUGAAUUGACUAAUGGUGUUUUAUUUUACGACCCAAAAAACAAUAAAAUUGUUUGUGCCUCUACAACUAAUCCAACCCACCCAUUAAAACAUGCAGUUAUUCAAUGUAUUGAUACUCUUGCAAAAAUACAGGAACAAGAAGAAACAUCAAAAGAGGGACAAUAUUUGGCUACAGGUUUUGAUGCUAUAUUAUUUAAAGAACCCUGUACAAUGUGUGCAAUGGCCCUCGUACAUUGCCGUGUUAAAAGAAUAUUUUUUGGGGAAGAAAAUAAAAAGAAUGGUGCUUUAAUUACAAAAUGGAGAUUACAAGAAUCUAAAUCAUUAAAUCAUCACUUUGAAGUUUUUCAAAUAAAAGAAAAAUUUUUUUGA